AUGGCGGGCAACAGCUCCUCUACCUCGCCUCCAUAUCUUCCCUCUAAAAAUGACAGAACUUUAUCAAAAGUGGAAGACAGUUUAAAAAAUGAAGCCAAUGAGGGAGAAUCAGCAGUGGUUAGUGAUGAGGAGGAUUAUAACGACUGCAACGCUCGAACGGAUGACACAUGUGGCCCUGAAUUGGAUUUGCUAAACCAAAAACUUCAAAAAUUCAACCUUGCGCAAAGCUCAAGAGUGGGGUCUAACCCGACUAUUGAAUUCAACAAAAGACCAUUAAAUGAUACCCCUAUAGUAAGUGGUACCACGUCACCACGCGUAGGGAUCGCAAUGUCUCCUCUCGAUCUAAGUGAAGAUGAAGAUGAUAUAACAAGCAAAAAUAUACAUAAUAAUACCGUGAAAUGCAGAGCUGAUCGCAAUCAACAUUUGGAGCCCUAUAAUAUGAGCUCUAGCUCAACAAAGGCUGUCAAAACGACCCUUGAUAUUCCUGGCCAGACCAAGUCGAAGUUAUCGCCUGACGGGACGAUUGUCAAUACAAGCGAAAGGGUUGUGGUGGUUAUGAUUGGAUUACCAGCUAGGGGAAAGUCCUAUCUUAGUAACAAGCUGGUCAGAUAUUUGAACUGGCUUCAGAUUAACGCCAAAAUAUUUAAUGUUGGAUCCACACGAAGAGCAAAGGCUGCUAACGUAGGGCCAGAAAAUUCACCCUUACCCGACAAGAAAGCUGGCAAUUUACAUGACGCAAGUUUCUUUUCCCCUGAUAACAAAUCCAACAUUCUUUUGAGAGAGGAGUGGGCUAAAGAGACUUUGGAUAACUUAUUACAUUACCUUUUGGAGGGUGAUGGGUGUGUUGGAGUUUUUGAUGCCACAAAUUCCACUAAGAUGAGACGCAAAACUGUCCUUGAUAUGAUCAUGGAGAAAAGCAAAGGACAGCUUAAAGUUCUCUUUCUAGAGAGUAUUUGUAAUGAUAGGACAAUACUGGAGGACAAUAUACUGCUCAAAUUACAAGGACCUGAUUACCGGAAUAUGGACCCCGAACUCGCCAUCAAAGACUUCCUCGGAAGAUUGAAAAAUUAUGAACUUGCGUAUGAGACCAUUGAUGAAGAAGAAGAACAAAAUAAAAACUUCCAAUAUGUGAAGAUGAUUGAUGUUGGUCGUAAGGUUAUCGCGUGUAAUAUACGGGGAUUUUUGGCAUCACAGAUCAUCUACUAUUUUUUGAAUUUUAAUCUGAGUCCUAGACAAAUAUUCAUCACAAGACACGGGGAAUCGGAGGAUAAUGUCAAAGGAAGAAUCGGUGGGGAUUCCGAUUUAACUCCGAGAGGACAUGCUUUCGCUAAAGCCCUCGCAAAAUUCAUGGAUUUCAAGAAGCGUCAGUUUAGGGAAAACCAAUUAAAGGGGUUCAAUGUGAGAAACGUUAGUCUUGUUUCGGGCUCUCAACUAAAAAAAACUGCACCUGAAGAGCCCUCUUUUUCUGUCUUCACUUCGAUGCUACGUCGUAGCGUACAAACAGCUAAGUAUUUUUCGGAUGACUUCUAUGAUAUCAAGGAAAUGCGUAUGCUAGACGAGCUGGGAAGCGGCAAAUUUGACGGUAUGACAUAUGAAGAAAUUCAGAAACGUUUUCCAGAUGAAUUCAAAUCUAGGUUGGAAAACAAAAUGGCCUACAGAUAUCCUGGUGUUGGUGGUGAAUCAUACUUGGAUGUAAUUGCAAGGCUUAAACCUCUAAUAACCGAGCUCGAAAGGACUACGAAUCAUAUUUUGAUUAUCACACACAGAGUCGUUGCAAGGGUUCUGAUUGCAUACUUUUUGAACUUGAACAAAAAAUCGGUGGGAGACUUGGAUGUGCCUUUGCAUACAAUCUAUAUGUUUGAGCCUAAACCAUUUGGCGUAGACUACCAUAUUUAUGAGUUUGACGAAAAGACAAAUUGGUUCAACGAACUAGAUCCAAAGAGCUUACAAAACAGUAAGAGGAUGAGGCAAGUUGGUAUCUCCUUCAGGGAGCGCGCAUAUUCAGUGGUGCCUACGGCUCCUAGAAGGAAACAGUCACUGCUAUUUUGCGAUGAUAAUAUCAACGAAGGUCCACAGACUGUAGAUUCACAAUCAUCUAUUUCUUCAAGCUCUUCAUCCACCAGCCAGUCAUUUGGUUCAAAGACUAACAAUCGUACAAACAAGACCAUUCUGGACAAUAUUAACUCUGCCAGAGGUUUGGGGCAAGCACCUAGUAAUUGUUCGUAA